UCCCAUUUCCACUUCCACUUUUUAUAAUUUUCAUGCCCAUUUUCACUUUCACUUUUUUAUUUACAUUACCACUUUCACUUCCACUUUUUCUAAUUCUCAUUCGCACUUCCAUUCCCACUUCCACUCUUUCUAAUCCUCAUUUCCACUUUCACUUCCACAUUCACUUUUUCUAAUUUUCAUUCCCAUUUUCACUUUUUUAUUUUCAUUACCACUUCCACUUCCACUUUUUCUAAUUUUUAUUCCCACUUCCUUUUUUCUAAUUUUCAUUCCCACUUCUACUCCCAUUUUUUCCACUUCUAAUUUUCAUUAGCUGUUGCCAUUUCGACUAAAACUCUUUCCAAUUUCUAUUUACCUAACCAUUUCCACUUUUUUUAAUUACCAUGGAUGGAAAUUAGAAAAAGUGAAAGUGAUAAUGGAAAUUUAAAAAAUUAGGAAUGGAAGUGGGAGUGAAAAUAUAAAAAAGUUGUAAUGAAAAUAAAAAAGUGAGAGAUAAAAUGGGAAUGAAAAUUGAAACAAGUGGAAAUAGGAAUGAGAAUGAAAAUUAGAAAAAGUGGCAGUGGCAAUGAAAAAAAAAACUGGAAGUGGAAAUAGGAAUGGGAAUGAAAAUUAGAAAAAGUGGAAGUAUAGCAAUGAAUAUAAAAAAGUGGAAAUGGGAAUGAAAAUUAGACAAAGUGGAAGUGAAGUGGGAAUGAGAAUUAGAAAGAGUAGAAGUGAGAAUGGAAAUGCGAAUGAGAAUUAGAAAAAAUUUAAGUGAAAGUGAAAGUGGUAAUGGGAAAAUAGUGGCAAAGUUUCUGUGAAAAUAUAUUUUAGAAACUCUUAAUUUUUUUUAUAGGUACUAACGUUAGUAACAUUAGUAACGUUAAUUUUUUCACCUGGGAUAUAAAACAAGGUUAUCAUUAUUUUCAUUUAGUAUAUACUAAAUUCGUUAAUAAAGAUUCUGAAAAAAAUUGAAAAAAAACAUGAAGUAUUUGAAAAUAAUUCUGUUAAUUGUUAUAAUUGUUAAUGGCUAUGUUUCGUUUGCAACUAUAAAAAAAAUUGGAUUUCAUAAUAUGACCUUUACUGAAUUUAAGCAGGCUUGCAAGAAUCAAAAUCAUAGGCUAACUGAAGCACGUAAAAUAACAAACAAUCUUCGUGACGAUUUUACUGGAAAUUGUACAGAUUCUAAUCAUCAAAAGAAGAUUAAAGAUUUAGUUAAUGAAAUAUUGCCUUGUUUUGAUAAUAAUAGUCAGCCAAACGAAGCUGAUUUGGAAACUAUUUAUCAAAAUAUUACAAGAAAUUUGUGCUUUCACUAUGAUAUUGUCAAGCAGCAUCAGGCCAAUCAGAACUGCUUUAAUGGAAAAGAUAAAGUCCAUAAAUGUCAGUUAGCUCAUUAUCGAAAAAAUAAAAAUAUAUCUACUGGUAAACUCUUCUUGACACUGGGAAUGACUCAUUCACACCAAGAGUGCAACUUUAUAAAAAUAAGAAUUGAGUGUUCAUCGAGUGGAAAUGUAACUAGUUGUCCACGUGAAUUUCAAGUUAAACGUGACAAUUUAAUUAACAAUUAUGUUUCGAACUUAAAGUGUGCUUAAAAAAAUUUUGUUUUCUAAAAGCAAAGUUUUAAAAAACUUUAUACUAAAAAAUAAACAUUAUAUAUAUAUAUACCUAUGCAUGUUUCUUCAUUUUAGUCAUUUUUGUUGUAGUUAAAAAAUUAAAUUCAAUAAAUUUUUAAUAUAACUUUA